CAAAUUAGUACCUUCUCCAUGAUGCGUGAUACGGUCUGUAAAUAGCAAACAGCAAGUGCGACAUGAAAUUUCAUUAUUUUCCAUGAUAUGCUUCCUAUGAUCAAAGCUUAAUAAAUCAUCAUCAAAUGAAACUGGUAGGACGUCCAUCACUAAUAAACAGAUGUAAAUGAUGGACCCUUCUGGUCACCCUGAUCUGGUGACCUCCCCAGAGAUGGCAAUGCCAGGUAACCUUGAGAUUCUCGCUCAGACUGCAGCAUCACAAUCAAGUGAAGACCCUUCAACAUUUUCUGGGUACCCAGUGCUCAAAAUUGCUGAAAAUACGAAUAUUCAGUUGCCACUCCUUUCCCAACAUAUCAGGAUUGAAGGUCAGCCAGGUGGGCCAAUGCUUAGCCAAGCUCAGCUCCACAAGAUACUUAACACAUCGGAGCAGGAGAAACGCGUGUCUCCAGGUCCUCUUUCUAUCAUCACUACAACAAGUCUGAGUGAACCAGGCCAGCCCAGUCCGGCAUCAAUAUCACAGGGCUCGAACAUUCUGUACAGGACCACUGGAGGUGCAGGUGACGCAAUGUUGAGUGCUAUAAACUACAAUGAUAGUGAGAUUUUGGAAGGAGGUUUUGAUGUGGGUAGUAACCUUGGAAACUUAGAUGACGGUAUUUUAGCAGGAAUAGGGAAUCCUGGUCGGCUGAAUGAAAACCCAUCCAGUGAUGCAUUUCCAUUGUUUGACAAUGAGGCAGACUCAUUGAAUAUGGACGCUCUGUCGCCACAUAAUCUAUUAAUGGACCCCACUGGAAAUCUUCAGUCAGUUGGCGGGGUCUCGGAUUCUGGAGAUUCAAAUAUGGCUGACACUAGUCAAAGAGAUGAUGAAAAGAAGAAAGUUAGUGGAAAAUACCGUAGUAAGAACGGUAAAGGUCAGGUGUCACCAGGUAAAGUUACCGGCCCGUUGGAGUGUAAUCAGUGCCAUAAAGUCUUCAACAAUACCAGUGCCUUGGCGAAGCACAAACUCACACAUAGCGAUGAAAGGAAAUAUCUCUGCACAAUUUGUGAGAAGAAAUUCAAGAGACAGGAUCAUUUGAAUGGUCAUUUGAUGACACACAGAGACAAGAAGCCCUACCAGUGCAUGGUUGCGGGUUGUGAGAAAAGUUACUGUGAUGCCCGAUCGCUAAAACGCCACUUAGAAAAUCACCAUCAACACACCAGUGACCAAAUUGCUGUCGAAAUGGUGGCUGCAGCAAGUGCUGCCGCGGAGGUGCUAGCAGACGUAUCCAAUGCUUUACCGACUCAAGCUACACCAAAAGGCAGUAUAACCAGUCAUACCAGUAGUUUGUCUGCUGGAAAGCCAUCACCAAGUAACACUGUGAUACAGUCUAGUGCUAAAAAUACCCCAGUGGCACCAUCUACUGUCGCUUCGGACAAUAAAGUGUUAGCUCAGCAGCUGAUGUUAACACCAAAUGUAAACACUAAUAUUCCAGUUCUGGUUACUAUGGCAGUGAGUUUACCAGAGGCAGCUGGACAAAACUCUCUGGCAAGUACGCCGGAGACGGCCAUCGCCCAAUACGAAGCACUGUUGAAACAACAACAACAACAGGAACAAGAGAGACAGUUACAGUUCUUACAAGAUCAACAGGUGAAACAGGAUGUGAUUAAGCUGGAGCCACAACAACUUGAGGCCUUGAAGCAAAUGCAUCUAAAGGACAUGGAGAUGCAAGCCAUAGCAGCUGCUGCUCAACUACAGGAGGAACAACACAAGCAGCAGCAACAACAACAACAACAGCAACAAGCGCUGUCUGAGCCGUCUUCGGUUUCCAGCAUACAUGCACAGGGUACACCAAAUGUACAAAGCCCUGUGAGUGGGGAACAGUCCCCAGUUUAUAGGGAAGUGAGUCCAGUCAGUCAUCAAGCCACACCAACCAGUCCGAUCCGUUCCCCAGCACAGGCUUGGUAUGGGUUCACUAGUCAUGCAGGGACACCAGCUCCAAACACAACUGUGGCAGAUGUUAAGUCAGGGGAAGAGCAAGCAAAGCCUGUGGUAUGUGGUAUAUGUCAGCGUAGGUUCAAGAAUGUACCUGCACUUAAUGGCCAUAUGAGAUUACAUGGAGGGUACUUUAAAAAGGAUGCAGCUUUAAAAGAAGAGAAACGAAAGAAAGCUGAGAUGGCGCCUCCAUCUGCCGUGCCGUCAAAAACGGGGGCCUCUGUUGCCUCUCCCCAAGGCAGUACUGGGAAGAAAUCGAAAGGAACUCCGCCUUUGCAGUCUCCACCAUCUGAAGAGGUAGAAGAAAUAUUACAGCAACAAUUGAAACUGCAUGCCUUACACUGGCAACAGAAACAAGAACAGCAGCGUCAACAGCAGCUUCAGCAGGAACUGCAGCAGUUGCAGCAACAACAACAACAACAGCAGCAGAUCCAACAUCAGCAGCAGUUACAGCAGCACAGUCAUCAGCAGACGCAGCAAGUACCAAAACAGUCACCACCACAAACUGUUCAGGAACAUUUGAACCAGAUUAGACAGAAAAUGCAACAGCAGCAGCAAGAACAACAACAACAACAACUGCAGCAGUUGCAGCAGCAGCAGUUACAGGCACAGAUUGAGCAGAGACUGCAACAGCAGCAGCAGCAACAACAAAAACAGCAGCAACAGCCACAGUUAAACCAGUUGGAGCUAAUACAGCUGCCUCAGUUACAGCAGGCUGGUGUGGAACCCCAGCAGAUAGAAGCAAUUAGGCAGCAGUUACUUCAGCAGCAUCUGAACCAGCUUCAGCAGCAACAGGAGCAAGAGCAGCAGCAGCAGCAACAGAUGCUGUAUGACAAUCCACAGGACCCGUACCAGAGCUCCCCACAAGUGCCCCAGUCACCACAUCUGCCAACUUCUCCACCAUACAAACAUACACACAGUGUACCACAAUCCCCUCAGGUACCCCAGUCACCCCUGAUGCAACAGCCGGGCUCUGUGGAAGCCCUGCAGAGCCCAGUUGCAGAAUACGGCAACCCAAUGUUGCAGGAGAAUAUAGGAAUCACGCAUCAGUUCACAGACCAGUCAGUUCAGGGGUAUAGUGGCUUGCAAGGUGGGGCAGAGAACAAUAUGCUUCAUAACCUGCAGCAGCAGAUACAUUCUCAAAAUAUGAAUAUGAACAGCUUACAAAGUGUGAAUAUCGGAAAUGUGCAUAAUAGCAGUCUACCGAAUAGUGCUAAUAAUAAUGUGAAUAAUGUACAACAAAUGGACUAUAACCAGCCUGUAAAUCCUAACCAUGACCAAAGUGCUUAUCAGUCUCAGUUGUCAGGGCCGUUUAUGGCCUCUGGGCAUCUAGGCAACCCAGAGGUACAGGGUUCAAUGUCCGGGAGCAGUCACACUACUAGUGAAAUUGUGUCACAGAUUAUUACAAGCCUGGAGAACCUUGGAGAGGUUCCUCCAGGCUCAAUGCAACAAAUACACAAACCAGACCUAGACCCGCACAUGCAGGUGUAUGCGGCAGAAAACAUUGGUCUCGAACAAUUUGAACGUCUCCCAAAUGUAGAUAAUGGAGUGUUAGUGAAAAAUACAUACAGUGAAUUUGCUCAUAAUAAUGUUGUGCAUAAUCCAGUAGCUUCAAGUUACAAUUCGCCUUUUGUUUCUCAGCAUUCAUCGCCAAUGACUGAUACAAAGGCGAGUGUUAAACAAGAAUUGUUAAAACAUUUACAAUCAAAGCCAAGUUCUCCUAGGGCAGCUCAAACUUUGCAAUUUUCAUUCCAGAAUAAUUUGAAUAAUAACGUUAAUAACAGUAAUAGUGUAGCACCACAUAGGCAGAGACACCAUAGUGCUAAAAAUGAAUAUGUGAGUGCGCCACAAUCCAAUCCACAGAGUAAUAGUGAAUUAAAACGCAGGUUGUCGGCUGGACCCGAAGACAUUAGGUCUCCGGUUCAGUCACAAGGUGCGAUAGGUUCUGAACGGACUUACUUGAAAAGGGCAGCCAUUAGGUCUGCAUCUGAAGACAAUUCAAGACCAAGAAUGAGAAGUAAAUCUGGGGAUGAUUAUAGAAUACAGCGGUGGAGGACAGAGGAAACUUUUAUGAAACCAAAGAUAAAAAGCGAGGAUUUUUCUCACCGGCCUCGCAGUAAAACUGAUGAACAUUUAGCUAAGUGGAAAAAUAGGGAAGUGUUUUCAAGAUCUGAUGGAGCGGGAGUUUUUAGAAAUCCUACUUCUACUGCACCAGGGUCAUUUAAAAUGAGGCGGAAAAAUCGCCCUGCACCGUUAAUUAUACCACCACAUGCAAACCACUGCGGCUUCCAAAGUCGCCUCAGAUCACCCAGGAUUUGGAAUGAGGGAGGCGACCAUGCUAGUACGGCUCCAGUGCCAUAUACACCACCACCCAUGCUGAGUCCACUGCGGCGGGGAUCAGGUCUAUUCUGCUCAGUCAGUGGCAACCUUACUCCACAGCCAUUACAGAUGAAUUCAGCUGGGCUGCCGUCAACACCUAGACCCUCCCUUCUAAGAUCUGCAAGUGUAACUAAGCCUGAAAAAGUGGAGGAAUCGUCUGACGAAACUAUAUCAUACACAGAAGAGUUACCUCCACCCGAAUCAGAUAUUUUACCACAUGUGAAUAUUGGACCGCAGUAUCAGGCUGUUCUUCCAGAAUUUAAUUCUCAUAAGAAAAUGGCAUUAUAUGAUACCAGCAAGGAAGAUCUGGUGUUUGAUCCUACAUGUCUAGGAGACAGCACUGACGAUGAUGUGCAAUCAUAUCAGGACCUGGCAUGCAGUGCUGCUGUUUGUGGGAAUGGUUUCAAUGUUGAACAUGCCCUUCACCUGCUCUAUCUGGCAAAUGGCAGUAUUCAGAAAGCAAUGUUAAUGUUAAUGUCGGGUUCAAGCAAGUUACCCAGAAAUCACAGUCUUACCUCCUACAAAUAUCAAGAAUCUGACGUAUGGACAGUAGAAGAAAUUGACAGAUACACCCGAGCAAUAUUAACACAUGACAAGGAUUUCUUCAGUGUUUCAAAUGAUGUUAAGACAAAAACAGUACGUCAGUGUGUUCAGUUCUAUUAUCUCUGGAAGAAGGUACUUGUUGAUGAUCACAAACGUCUGCGAGCGAUACGGCGCCGUAGAGAGCAAGACUAUAACUUGCGAUCCACUAGGCAGCAACAGGGUAUAGAGACCCAGGAGGUAGGAGUCGAGGACCGCAAGCAGACGGAGGAGGGACAGCCUGGGGAGGACGGUGAGACAAGGGAGUUAACUGGGGAUGAAGAUUCUCUGUCUGAAGCGAGCACAUCUUGCGGAACAUUUGAUGACCCAAAUGAGACAGAAGAGAUGCCAAUAAGAAUACCUAGCCCAGCUCCGAACAGUUCACCAUUGUCAUUCACAUGUGAUUACCCAGAAUGCAAUUCUAGUUUCUCAUCAAAAGGAGCACUAAAUGCUCAUGUAAAAAUCCAUGUGAAGGUCACUAAGCCAGCCCCACCACCUCCUAGAUAUGAAAGAAAACCCUCACCUACUAGAUCACCUGUACACAGCGACCAGCAGGAGGAAAUGUUUCCUUGUAAAUUGUGUGGAAGGGUGUUUGGCAAGGUGAAGAGUCGCAGUGCUCAUAUGAAGAUCCACCGACCUGAUCAAGAUAAGGAGAAAGAGAAGAAAGCCAAAUUAGCGAAGCAACAGGCAGCGGCCGCGGCAGCUGCGGCGGCAGCAGCAGCAGCAUCGUCAAAUAUAGAUCCCAUGCUUAUAGAUCCAUUAUCAUUUUCCGCCUUACCCAACGGCCCAUCUCAAUUGUAGCCUUGUAUGUGUUAUACAUUUGUCUGUAUCAUAUACUCUUUUAAUUGGUGCUUGUAGACAGUUGAUAAUUGGCCUGAAUGGGUAAAUUUGACCUGGUCUUUAACAUCUAUUUCAUUGUUAAAAUCUUUCGUAAUGAAAUCAUCAUUUAUUUUGUGUCAUUAACUCCAGUAUUGUUUAUGUUGUAGUAUUAAACUGCAGCAUUUAAAUUAUAUCAGACAGUGUGAUGAAAUCGUGGUUUGGCUGUCACCCAUUUUUGCCAUAUUUUUUCUUAUCAAAUUUUCAGAAUUGUAAUUUCAGACAAAAAAAAUCAUUACUGUAACCUAUUUUGUAAUUUAAUUUCAGAAUUUAUACCAUAGAUGUCACACAUAAAUUUUGUAAGUUGAUUUGGAAUAUAUGAAACAUUUUCUAAGGGCAAUUGUCUGUCUUUAUGAAGUGGGAAGCCUUACCUAUCCAUUUUUUAAAAUGUGUUAAAUUAUUGUUAAAACUGUUAGAUAGCAUGAUUAGCAAAUCCAAAAGUAAUUAUAGGGCUACACAAAUAUUUUCAUUGGAAGAUGCAAGACUGAGCAACUAGGUGUUUUCUGGAGAAAAUGUAAUAGAAAAUUCCAGUAUGACAAAUUUCUGUUCAUCUCAUUGUGUUAUUGAUAUAUGUUGUUGAGAAUAAAUGUUUAGAUUUUACAUGACCAGGACAUUGUGUACACUGUAAAAUUUGUUUAUUUCUGCGGAUAUUCCCUGGCGGGACUUUGGUUGCAUUUUAUAAUCAUUUUAAGUUUAAAGACAUAAGGAAUUAGAAUUGAAGUGAACUUUAAUAGGGAUGUAUAUUAUUAAAGAUUUGUUCUUAAAUCUAGAAAUGUCUUUGGAGUUUUCUUCUAAAUGUAGUUUGAUUCUCAAAUUGAUACUUAAAACCUGGACUUAAACUGAUACUUACGAAACUUUCUUUGGUAAUUUAUAGCCUCUGUGCCCUAGUAGUUAUGGUCACUGACUUAGAAUCACUUGCCCCUCACCUCUAUGGGUUGGAGCCCAGUUUUAGUUUAGUUUGUACUAAUUUACUGUAACUCAGUUGUAGGAAAGCAUCGGGCUUAUUUGAACUACACUUUAAGAGUCAGUUUCCUGGAAAAACCAGUACUGGUGUGAAAUGAGAAGCUUUGGUUGUGACCCAUGGAGAACUUGCUGAGUGGCAGCCAACUUAACCACUAGACCACUGAGCCCCAUUUGGUUCAUCAUGUAAGGAAGCCAUCCAGCUGACCUCAGGAAGGUUAUUGCCUGUGCGUAUCUUGGAAUUCCUCUGCCGUUCAAAAAAAAGUUGAAAAGCCCCCAAUGGCCUGAAAUGUGCUGGUGAGUAGUUGGCUGGUGGUGCCUAAGUGGCUAAGUCUAGGUGACUUGUGACUAGGUGCAACUUGAAAGUCAUCAAAACAAACAAAUGUACCUUGGUAACUUUCUUGAAAUUCACAUUUCUUUCUCUUACAUAUGCUUUUAACACCUAUGACUAAACUUAAUGCAGUUCUUUGAAAACUUAAAUGUCUGCAGAAAUAAACAUGUUUUACAGUAUUUGAGCCGCACCAUGAGAAAACCAACAUAGUGCGUUUGCGACCAGCAUGGAUCCAGACCAGCCUGUGCAUCCGCGCAGUCUGGUCAGGAUCCCUGCUGUUCGCUUUUAAAGCCUAUUGCAAUUAGACAAUCCAUUAGCGAACAGCAUGGAUCCUGAUAAGACUGCAGAUGAGCAGGCUGGUCUGGAUCCAUGCUGGUCGCAAACGCACUAUGUUGGUUUUUUCAUGGUGCGGCUCAUUUGUUAAAGGCAGCUGAAUCUGUGUGGUUUUGUCUUCAUAAAGUGUGUUUUAUUUUAUUGUUACCCGUAUCAGUUUUCAUGUGCUCUAGAUAUGCCAUUUUUAAUAUCUUUUCAUAGUUUAUAUAACCAAAAAUUUGUGAUGUGUAUCUGUUUUUUCUUAAGAUUUUAAUUGUUUGUGUUUUUGUAUUUUUAUGAAAUGUAAAAAUUGUUUGUAUAUAUUGUUGUAGAGUAAAUAGAAAUUUGUGAAUAUUAAUUGCUUUUAUGCAAUUUUAUUUCUUUGAUCUCCUUUAGGUGUUUUUUAGAAAUUCUCCAAACUGUGUUUUCCAGAUAUUUUCGUUUUUGUGUUCGUGAUACGCAUCAAGUUAAUGAAAAAUUUAGUUUUAUGUUUUAAUGAAAUUGUUCACUAUGAAAAUAAGGUGUUUUAAUGAAAUAGCACCUUGAGGUUGGGAUACCUGUGCUAUAGGUUUUAAAGUUUUGUUUUCUGUAGUUUUCUUCCUAAGUUUCCCCAAAAUUUAGAAUACCGGUAUUACAAUAAAAGCUGUUAAGUGCUUAUUUAAAGACCCAAGACAGAUUGUACUGUUGAUUUUCAUGUUGAUUAUUAAACAUGCUUUGUGUGAAAAAUGUUAGAAACUGGUUUUUGCUUUGUUUGACAAUUUGAAGGCGGCCUCCAUGACUGAGAGGUUAGGUCACUGACCUUGAAAUUACUUGCCCCUCACCCUUAUGGUUUGUGGUUUAGAAUUCUUUUAUGUAAGGAAGUUACAAACUUGGCUUAAGAAAGUUCGGUGUUCUACCAGGUGCCCAUAUGCCCCUCCAGCAUUAAAAAGCUGGAAAGUCGCCAUAUGACCAUAAUUGUGUUGGUAUUAGAUAAAACCCAGCAACAACAAAAAAUCAGCAUUAAGGAGACCCACCCAAACUAAUGUUUCUAUUUUUGUUGGAAAAGUUAGUUUUACAGUAUUGAUUCAGUCUUAUCAAUGCAUUUGCAUUAUAAAGAUACAUUCAGUGCGAAAUGGCAGAAAUAUUGUAACAGAAAUUAAAGAAGGGCCUUUAAUUCUACACCUUUCAACUCCAGGUAUAAAUAUACAUGUAAUAUCAUUGUAUUAUGAGAAUAAUUUUCAUGAAGUUAAAGACGGGAAAAGUAGGAUGUCUUGGGUCUUAAAAGGGGCUAAUGGCACAUUCUCCUAUGCUAUUCAAAGUAUUAGGCAAGUGUUUCUAAAUCAGUGUGAGAAGAUUUAGCUUAAUCAGCAUGUUUUUGUGCCAUAUGGUAGCCAGUUUUGAGUAUAUAAAUAUUAGAGACUUUCGCAAACUCUUUCUUUAAUCUUCCAGAUUUUGCCUCUUUCCUGGUUAACUGUUGAAAAACAAAAAUUAUUUAAAGUGAUUUAAGAAUAAGUACUGUCUCAAUAUGUAAAAGAGCUAAAUGAAAGUUUUAUUUUAUCUGUGUUAUGUUUUAUAAGUGUGUAAAACAAGUAUGUCAGCAUAUUGUGAUACCAGCAAUCCAAUAUAGUGUCUGUUGUGUAGAGAAAACCUAUUUUGUGUGAAUAUGUGCAAUACUGGAAUACUGUGUUUAUGGUGAAUUUUGUUUUAUUUAAUAAUAAAAAGUAAUUGAUAACUUUAUCAAAACAUUUCAGAGUUGGGAAUGUUUAAUGAAAUUCAUUUUAGAAAAUUGUAUGUAUAUAUUUGAGUAAAUGCUUUUUAUGUCAUUCUUGAAACUUCUUUGAGACUUUCUAGUCAUUGAAACAGAAUUACUAUAAUAUUUUGGAUGGCCUUUCUUUUCUUUUUUUAGCUGACUUGAGCAUGAAGUGCUCACAGUGAGCUUUUAGGAUUAUUAGAUGUCCACCCAUUCCCCAUCAGCCACAAUGUCAUUAAUGAACAUCUCCAAAACUACUACGCUGAUUUCAACCAAGCUAAAGGACUAAAGGAUUGUUCCUUGGGUGGUCCACUGUCAGAUUUCUUCAAAUCUAGGCCAUGGCUGCUUGGGAGUAGGCCUAUAUGGCUGUAGUGAAAACUUUGAAAAUAUUGUCCAAUGAAAAGCGGGACCAGUUUUAAAAUAAUUUAGCAGUAUUUUUCCUUGUUUCAGAAAUACUCGAUCUAGCUGCCAAUGUCAGUCUAGCAAUCCAGGGCCAAUACGGUCCUCAUGUUUGGGUGACCCUUUACAAAUCUUUUUUUCUUCAGAAUUGUUGGCUCAGUGUUGAAAAAAUUUCUUACAAAUAUUCCUAUGGUGACCCACAAACAAGAUUGUCAGAAUUGUUCAGAUCUGUCAAAAAAAAAACAACCUAUAGCCAUUAGACCUAAAAAAUAUUAAGGGAUAAAAUAGCAUCUCUUAAACUCCUGGUAUGAUUUUGAAAUGCUUUUGACACCUAUGUUACUUUGAUGAACCUAUACCAAGGUUGUUCAGAUUAUUCAGAUUUGUGAAAUAUCAUUGCUGCUAGGGGGCUUGGUCACUUUUCCCCCAGUGAAUAUAGUAGGAAGUUAAAAUAGCUUUACUGAUAUGCCAGAAACAUUCAUGUUUUAGAAUAAUUUCACAUAAAAUUAAUUUUCGGUGGUUGAACAGAGAUUUAAUAAUUACUUCUGAUGCUGUCAAUUUACAGUUACUUCUAAAUCUUACAUCUCUGUAGAUGACCCUGUACCAAAUAUGCUCAGAUUAUUCUUACAGGUGAAAAAGAUGGCCUCAGAAGGUGUGGUCAUUGUGUCCCGUUUGAGCUAUGAUACUUUGGUGAGAGGUCUUGGGCCAUUACGGCUCCCUUGUUUCGUAACACUGUCUUUCAUGGACCUUUUUACUUUAUGUUUGCAAAUCAGAUAAUCUAUCAAAUUUAAGACAGAUAUUCAAAAAAAGGUUAGUUACAGAACAUGAAUCACACAGUAGAUAGAAUUUGGGAUAUACUUAUUAUACUGUUUUAACUUUUCAUAGAAAUAAUUCAUAUUUUUUAUGUUGGUAUUUUUUUAAUUGCUGGAAAAAGUACAUUUUAUGAGAAGAAAAAAUGGGUCCAAUUUUAAAAUGGCAAAUUUGUCUUUAUUGAAACCUCACUUGGGCAUAAGUACACUAUAAUAACCCUGUUUGUGUACUUCGAGUUUUAAGAUUUGCAAAAAAACAAAACAAAACACUAAGAACUGCCAUCAGCUGCUGUAGGCCUGUUGGUAGGUGAUAAUAUUUUCUUUGCAGAAUCGAGUAUCAUUCAAGCAUGGUAAAUUUUUCAAACAAGCAUUCCUGUUUUGUCUUAAUCAAGUAGUUAAAUGUUUUUCGUCUUUAACCUGUACAAAACAAGAACUGUGUAUGUUCAAUUAAGAUAAAGGUAUAAUACACCUGAUUCCAAAGUUAAGUUUGGCAAACAGUUUCAGAAUGCAGCCUUGCCAUUGGUCAGUUUUAAGUGAGGGCUCAGAAUCAACCAAUCAGUUGCUGGAAUUUUGACACUGGUACCCAGGGAUCAUCCUACAAGGCGAUUUGAGCAAUAUCGUCGCUUUAAAGUCGGCCACUUCGCCUGAUUAUCGCCUCCGGGCGAAAUCCAAAUCGCCGAGUUUUUCAGCAAGUUAUUACCUGUUUACUUAAAGUUGUAAAAGUUUAUGCAUAUUCUAGAUUAAAUUAUCGGUAAAUCCAUAGUCAACCCCGCCUACUCGCCAGUCAAACUUCAGCCAAUCAUAGCGUUAAUAUCCACACAGUGUCAAUCAAUUGUAAGCUGCCGCCAUUUUGAAAAUUUUCAAUCGGCGUGUAAAAAGCCGAUAAACUUAACGAGAGCAUGAUCUUAUACAACAAUUGUAUAUUAUUCUUUCAUUUUAUUAAAGAUUACUUCAAAAAUUAUUUCAAUUACCAUGAUUACGGUCAAUUUCUGCAAAUGAAUUGCUCGGGUACUGUGGAUUAAAAAAAUGAUUUCGCGGACGUCAGAACUGCCGUACAAAAUAUUGUAAAAAGAUCGCCAUUAUCUACGAGUUUGAUAAAAAAUAGUAAAUAAAUCAAUUAAAUGUAUAAACCUGAACAAGUUGAUGCAAAAAUCGGGCAUUUUAAAAGCACGAGAAUCGAAAAAUGAAUGAAAAUUUUCACGGCGUUUUGAUUGUACACCUGUUAAAUUUACGAGUUUCGGACAUGUAAAUUUCGGAUAAAAAUUUAAAGGAGACUUUUUCAUAGCUAAGUUUAUACUUUAUUUAGAAAUUCAUGAAAAUCAUAAUGCAAGAAUCAAUUUCCUUAAAUAAUUACUGUUUAUAAGUUACAGCUAGACCCAUAAAAAGUGGAUAUAUAUAGGCAGAAAACUGAAUGCUAUGCCGAUUCUUCUUAAAUUCCUAAACUUCUCCCUAAAUUCAGUGGAGGGAGAAGUCACUUCUACCUAAAAUUUUGACCUAGGAUGAUCCCUGUGGUACCCUGUAACUUUGGACCAGGUUGUAGUCGUAGAUUUUUCACAUAAUUGGAUAAUCACAAAUUGAAGAAACAGAAAUAAGGAAAAUGAGUGAAUGCAGUCUAAAAAAGUCUGAAAAAUGUGCAGUUAAUCUGGCAUAAAUCUUUUGGGAAAACAUAAUCAUUCAAAAUGUUCUAUAAAAUGUUUUUAUUCAUUAAAGCAGUGAAAUUGCUGGACAAGAUCAUUGCAUCUUUUUUUUCUAACCAAGUUUAAUGAAAGAUUUUAUAUAUGAUUUUAGUCAAUGAUACAUUUUAGUUUAAACAUUUUUGAAGGUGUGUGGUUUAGAAGUUUCUUUAUUUUAAGCUGAAUACAGCAUUUUAAGCAAUCACAUGGUGUGCAAUAGGUGUGGAUAAAGUACUAAUACAUUUGUAUUUUAUGAAUUGUUUAAGAGUUUUUGUAUGAAUUGUUACAGACAGUUGUGAAAGACUAAGAACAGUGAACAUAAAUUUGGAAUGAAAUAAGGCCAGUGGAUUCCAUUUUGUCAAAUAUAGUAAACAAAGUCAGCUAUGGAAUGAAUUUGCUUUCAGUGAUUUUAUUUUAGUGCAAACAUAAAAGCUUUGCCAAUUAAAAGGCUUUUUUGCAUGUGUGAAAGAAAUUUGUAUAAAAUGGAACAUUUUUUUCAAUUUUGUAUUAUGAGCAUAUCAAGUAUUUGUUACCCGUGUGUGCUGUUUUAACAUGUAAUACUUUAGUGACAAAAUAGUUGCUCAUCGUAUAGCCUUAUAGUUCAGAUCUGUGUAUAUUCCUGACUGUGUUUACUGUUUCAAAACAGAGUUUGGAGACCAUUCUCAAAAUUCCAGCAUUCUGAUUGGUUAAUUCCAAGCACAAAUUUGAAAUUGACCAAUGGCAAGCUUGCAUUUUGAGACUGGUUUCCAAGCACUGAAAUAACCUUGGACCCUGGACUGGUCUUGAUUGCAGAGCUUGAGAAUUUUCAGUUUUAUGUUUAUUUGUCAGAAAUCUUGUCUAUGUUGGUGCAGAUAUCAGACUGGUAGUUAAUUGGGCCUGCCUCCAGAUGUUCAUCAUAAUAGCAAUAUAUCAAACUGCAACAUUCAUAUUUUGCCCAAUUUUUACACAGGGAAAAAUACAUUUUUGGCCAUAAAAUUGACAGUAUUAAAGAUAUCUUAGAAUUUGAAAAGAUCUUGAGAAUAGUGUAUACUUUAUAUCUGAAUCUUGCCUAAUAAAGCAACAAUUUAUUGAAAAACCCUCUUAUUGACUUGCUGGAUCAAACAGUAAAUUUCUAAAACUCAAUCAGUAACUUAGUUUGUAACUUGCGAUCUCUAACAAAUGAAUUUACAUUCAAAAUGUUGAAGAUCUUGGUAUACUAUGAAUCUGGAGGCUUGCGCCUUUAAAAUUCAAUACAGAAGUGAACAUGUUAAUUUAUGAUUAAUUUUGAAAUUUAAUUUGAAAAUCUCUAUAUGAAAAUCGUUUUCUAUGUUUUUGUGUAUGUAAGUUUGUCAUUAUACAAGCUUGCAAAAUCAUCAUAUGUGUUGUAUAUGUUUUUACGUAGAUGGCAUAUUUUUCUAUUAUCUUCCAGUUUGUGUUUGCUUUAUUGAUGCUAUGUUGUUCUGUUAUGGUCUAAGUAAGGCAGAAACAUUUUUGGACCAUUGCCAGAUGUUUGGUUCCCAUUCUUUGCAUCUGGUUUUAGUUUUCAGUGAUUUCUUAGCACCCUGUCUGGGUCCUGUUGAGAAUGACCCAGUAAAUGGCAGAAGUAUUUGGUUCCCAUCCCUAGCAGGAAGUUUGAUGGCUUCUGGCCUCAGUAAUUGUAAUUCCUUGGCUUUUAUGCCCAGUGUUAAGGAAAUGGAAGUAUAGUGAAAAAAAUACAAAUGUAUUCUUAAAUUAAUUAUGAAUCAAGUAAGUAUAUGUAAUUAGAUUCCAGCUUCCAAGUUAGAUUUUGUCUUUGCCAAGUUAUACCAGUCCAAAUUUUUUGUAUAGUUGUUUAUUACCGGAGCCUAAAUACCUGCCAAAUAAGCUACAGAAUGGGAAUCAAGAUCUGGCAUUGAAAACAGUCUGGUCUUUGCUGCUGAAAUUUCACACAGACAGUUGUCUCGUAAAACAAAAACUAAAAGGGAAAGUUAAAUUAUCCCUUUUCCACAUUUAAUACUAGGGCAUUUGAAUAUUGAGCAAUGGAAGGCUUUGAUUCUUAAAACAAAAUAGAAUAGUGAAGUAUUAAGAAUACUUAAUUUGAAAAUGUUACAGUUCCCUUGUAUAAAAGCUUUUUGGAGAUGGUAAAAUUCUCGAGUAUUGAGUUGAUAUAUAACUGUAUAAGAAGGAAUGUCUCCGGAAAUUUCUUAUCUUUCAGAUAAGGGUGAUAUGGUUUUUUAGCUCGACUAUUCAAAGAAUAGGGGAGCUAUCCUACUUGCCCCGGCUCGGCGUGAGCAUCACACAAAUGUUAAAGUUUGCGUACCACCCCAAAUAUUUUCCAUGUCCAUUGAGAUAUUGCUUUCAUAUUUUGCAUACUUGUUUACCAUCAUGACCCCAGUCUGUUAAAAGGAGGAGGCAACUCUAUCAAGCAUUUUGACUGAAUUAUGGCCCCUUUUCGACUUAGAAUAAAUGUUAAAGUUUGCGUACCACCCCAAAUAUUUUCAAAGUCCAUUGAGAUAUUGCUUUCAUAUUUUGCAUACUUGUUAACCAUCAUGACCCCAGUCUGUAAAAAGGAGGAGGCAACUCUAUCAAGGAUUUUGACUGAAUUAUGGCCCCUUUUCGACUUAGAAUAAAUGUUAAAGUUUGCGUACCACCCCAAAUAUUUUCAAAGUCCAUUGAGGUAUUGCUUUCAUAUUUUGCAUACUUGUUUACCAUCAUGACCCCAGUCUGUAAAAAGGAGGAGGCAACUCUAUCAAGCAUUUUGACUGAAUUAUGGCCCCUUUUCGACUUAGAAUAAAUGUUACAGUUUGCGUACCACCCCAAAUAUUUUCAAAAAGUCCAUUGAUAUAUUGCUUUCAUAUUUUGCAUACUUGUUUAUCAUCAUGACCCCAGUCUGUAAAAAGGAGGAGGCAACUCUAUAAAACAUUUUGACUGAAUUAUGGCCCCUUUUCGACUUAGAAUAAAUGUUAAAGUUUGCGUACCACCCCAAAUAUUUUCAAAGUCCAUUGAGAUAUUGCUUUCAUAUUUUGCAUACAUGCUUACCAUCAUGACCCCAGUCUGUAAAAGGAGGAGGCAACUCUGUCAAGGAUUUUGACUGAAUUAUGGCCCCUUUUCGACUUAGAAUAUGCUUAUUGUAAUGUUGAAAUUUUACUCAUUGCUCAUAUUAUACUAUCAAGCACUGAGAAUAGUCGAGUGCGCUGUCCACUGACAGCUCUUGUUUCUUUACAACUUGAUACAAACUUGAUACAGCAUCUGAAUAAGAAAUAAAUCACCAGCAGAAAAUAUCAGGCUGGUGAAAAGUGAUGGGAAUCUGAAAAAAAAUCCUUGACCUCAAACGUGUAGAGACAGCUGUUUGAUUAUGUAUUGCCACUCUGUAUGAUAUACUGUGAUAUAAACUUGGGCCCAAGGUUAUGAAACUUGUGUUUGGGGUCCAGUCUGAAAUCUUAUGCAUCUGACUGGUUAAUUCCCAGCUCAAGCUUGAAAUUGACUAAUGGCAGAGCUGCAUUCCGAGACUGGUCUCCUAACCUUGGAACCUGCUUCUGUGAGUUUGCAUAGUUUGCUGUAUACGGCAGCUUUACUUUCUAAACUACAUAAACUGAUAGUUACAUUAGAUUGUGUAAAAGCAAAUUAUCAUUGCUUGUAAUUUGAUUGUUCAUGUUAUAUAUAAUUAUUUCAUCACAGAUUAUCAUUUUAAAAACUCACUUUAAGCCAAAACUUACAAAAGUUCAUUCAAAUGGCUGAGGGAACUUUUUGUCAUUUUCUGCUAAGUUAUAGUAAUAUAUAUAUAUAUAUACACAUGUUAGUCUGUUUAAAACAGGAGGACAUUGAUGUUUUUGAAAUAUUUUUAUUUCACUAAAUAUAUUUUGUUUCAUUUACCUGUCUAUUCACAUAAAAUUAUACCAUUCAUAAAUGGACUGGCAAGUCUAUCUAAUAAAAAAUAAUUUAACUGCUGUGAAACUUCAUAUGACAUUAUGGAUGAUUUUCAUUGGUCAAUUCUACAGACUGGUCCGAAGCUGACAGCCUAUGAUUUUCAUUGGUUGUUAUUGCAGACUGGUUCAAAGCUGUAUUACAUGUUACAUCCAGUGAAUUUCAUUGGUUGGUUCUACAGACUGGUAUUCCGCCGAUUGUUAGUUAUAGUGCACUUUUGUUAUAAACCAUUCUCAUUUAUGGCAGUAUUGCUAUCAUUUACAGUCUCUUAUAAUAAAAUGCUCAGAAUAAUGAA